GAGGGGGUGGUUCACAUGCUAUAAAUGGGAUUGGAGGCGGGGUGUGCUGUAAAUUCGGACCCUGGGGGGUAAGACUUAUUUUGUAGACACGUGUGUUUAAAAGAGCCAGCUUACGGGUUGUAAUUAAAGAAAAGUGAUGUUGUCUUCAGAGGACAAUGUGAAUAACAUGGAGGCGGGAGGUUGAUGAUGAUGAUGAUGAUGCGGCUCGCUCACAUGACACGGCUGUGACUAUCUGCCGGGGCAAUGGGUGUGUGAAAUGUUGCCUUAGUGAGUUGAGUGCUGGUCUGCAGACCUUCUCUGGCCUCUCCACCUGCAGGAUCCACCUCGUCAUCCUGGACCAUGGGAAGCUAAACAUGAGGAUGUGAAAGAGCGAGGUGGUCUUGGUUCGAAGCAGCUGAGGGACCAGUGAGGUGAUAACUUUUUUUGUUUUAGGGGAUAAUCUGCAUCAAUGGGCGCGGCGUUCUCCAAGUUCUGCAUGCGGUGCUGCUGCUACUGCUGUGCCGACAGCGAUGAUGACGACGACGAGAAGCAGCCCUUGAUAUCAAACCCGGAUCCCCUGGAAUAUUUCAGUCGGGAGGUCCAGAAACGUCGUGACGAGGAGACCAACCUGUGGAGCGAGCCGGGGGACCCCAGCCACACGGAGAGGGACGACGACCGAGCACUGCACUCUCUCCUGCAGGCCCGCAACAAGACGCGUGUUGGAACUACGGGUUAUCGUCGUCUAAGCGUGGACAUUGAGGCCAUGAGAGACACUCGCAGGGAAGUCCGAGACAAGUGGAAGACCCUCUUGGAAAACCUUGGCUUCAUGGCGGAGGCCGACUCGCUGCUGAACGUGUCUGCCGGCGCUUCGCUGGACCGCAUGCGUGACGCGGCGGCCGCGCGCUCGUUGCUGCAGACGCUCCAUUCCGACACGUCCCUCUUUAACAGCGGGGAAGCGCCGCCGGAAAGAUACCUCUUCAUCCUGGAUCGCCUGCUGUAUCUCGACAUCGCCGAGGACUUUCUGUCAAAAGCAAAGCGCUUCUACCCACCGCGGAACUCGUCGGACGAGGACACGCCAGAGGGCGCCAUCAACCUGCCGCUGCUGCUGGCCCGAUUGCAGGCCAAGAACGGGACGGCGGGCGACGACGAGGGCGACAGCGAAAAGUCGGGAGACUACCCGUGAUGCCGCAGUACUCAGAGACACCAGACGGGGGUGUUAGACGUCCAUCCAGGAGGGAUGGAGGACAGAAACUCUAAGGUCUUUCAUAUACUGCUCUCCUCUCUCGAAGUGCAUGAAUUAUAUCUUAUUUUCUUUGGCUGUCAGGAUUUUUUUAGCCUGCUUUGUUGUGUAAAGAACCUUCAGGGUCUUGACGUCCUGUGACGCCUCACAUGACCGAUAAAACCCCCAAACAAAGAAUUGCUGACUCGCUGUUGAAUGUGUCUUCAAGCAGGGACGUGUGCCCACCCUGUGACUUCUCUACUCUAUGCCCCCCCCCCCCCUUUCUCAGCAAUGUACUCAUGUGGACAUCCCAGUUUUGUCUUCUGAUGUCCUCCUAAGCGUCAAAUAAAUUUGAAGC